AUGGAACGAUCAGGCCCGCGCCAAACCGAACGUGCAGAUUCUCAACAGCAGGACAAUUUUUUAAAUGUCGAACGAGGGAACGACCAAGAUAACCAACGAGAGGGAAGCGUGAACACCUCUUACACGAGUAAAAGCCGUUCAAAGGGGAAGGAUCAUGCAUCCCAUGAGCAAAACGAGCGAAAGGCUUUACGAAAAGAGAUUGAUGACUUGAAGAAAAAGCUGCGCCAAGCACAGCAGAAACGUCCUUCGCCCGGCUCGAACUCUAACAGUGACGAGGAUAAUGAAUAUCGGCGAAGAUCAAGAACCCCUCCGAGCGAGACCUUUUCCUACGAGGAAGAGAGGCCUCGAUGGCAAGAACCAUCAAACAAUGAAACCAGACAAAGCACGUUGAGGCCACCCAUUGGCACAAUUAAUGUCAUUCUCGCCGCACCUAGAAGGACAGGCUCUGUCCCCUUCAGGGUAAUGUCAGUAAGCAGUUUCCCGACUAGGCCAGAUGACAGGGAAUCCAAGAGGGCUAGAAUGAGCGCCACGCCAUUAAUCGGGUUCACGGAGGAAGACAAACAAGGAACUAUCCAACCCCACGAUGAUGCCUUAGUCGUGACGCUCAGGAUAGGAGGUUAUGACAUGAAAAGGGUGUUAGUUGAUCAAGGCAACGCAGCGGAGAUAAUGUACCCCGAUUUGUAUAAAGGAUUGAACUUGAAGCAGGAAGACCUGUUGCCAUACGAUUCCCCCCUGGUUAGCUUUGAAGGAAAGGUCGUCAUCCCGAAGGGCAUGAUUAGGUUGCCUGUGCAAACAGACUCAGAUGUGGUAGAAGUGAACUUCAUAGUCGUAGAUGCAUACUCCCCUUACACAGCCAUCGUGGCCCGGCCAUGGCUUCAUGCACUAGAGGCUGUGUCGUCAACCUUGCACCAAAAGGUGAAAUAUCCGUCAGGAGGUCAGAUCAAAGAGAUAAUAGGGAACCAGGGAGUAGCUAGGCAAUGCAUGAUGUCGGCAAUCUUGCGGUAG